UCCCUGGAGCUCUUGUCUAUUAUUCGUGUUCGUCGCUAGAUUGAAACAAGAAGUAUCCUCAGCAUGUCUGGAAGAGGCAAAGGCGGUAAAGGUCUCGGGAAAGGAGGCGCUAAGCGCCACCGAAAGGUCCUCCGGGAUAACAUCCAGGGCAUCACUAAACCCGCUAUUCGUCGUCUGGCGCGCCGCGGCGGCGUCAAGCGCAUCUCUGGUCUGAUCUACGAGGAGACGCGCGGCGUGCUGAAGGUGUUUCUGGAGAACGUGAUUCGAGAUGCUGUGACCUACACGGAGCACGCUAAAAGAAAGACCGUCACCGCCAUGGAUGUGGUGUAUGCUCUGAAGCGACAGGGACGCACUCUGUACGGAUUCGGAGGAUAAAAGCCUGUAAACAGCCACCCACACUCUCACAUAAAGAGCCACCCACACUCUCACAUAAAGAGUCAAAGUUGAAGUGAAAAUAAACGACACACUGCUUGUGAAUUGACCCCUUCUGAAAAGUGAGGCUUAAUGCUGUUGUGUGUGUUUCUGGGAAUGAGUGUAAGUUACUCGUGUCUUUGAGCCGAUAACUGAUUCUGUAGUUCUUUCUUUUCUUAUUUUUAUUAGCUGUCUUAUCACUCGUUGCUUUUGUGCUGUUGAAGCUUUUGUCACCAAAACAACUAUCGUGUGUAUAAACACAU